AUGCCUACACCUGAACAAGUUCUUAAGAAAAAGAAUAAAAAGCGUGAAAAGAAAAAAUUAAAGCUAAAUAAUAAGAACCAAAAUGGUAUUACGGAAGACAAAGCAGAAGCUGAAACUAACACAGAAAAGACAGUAAAGAAAAGGCCACAUGAUGAUGAAAACGAAAAAACAAUACCCAAAAAAAAGAAAAAGAAGGUGAAGCAAGAAGCAAAACCGGAACCAAAACCUGAACCUGUGGAAGAAGAAAGUGACGAAGAUAACAGUGACACCGAAAAUGUAGAGGAUAAAAUUGAGAACAGUGCUGAAAUGCCAGGUUCCAGUCUAUGCCUUGGUAUAUUAUCGGAACAAAAAUUCUCUGCGCUAGAAGAAAAAGUUUGUGAAGCAACUCUCAUGGGUGUCAAAGAAAUGGGCUUCACUACAAUGACAGAGAUUCAAGCUAAGGCAAUCCCCCCACUACUUGAAGGCAGGGACCUAGUGGGUGCUGCUAAGACGGGAUCUGGCAAAACCUUAGCCUUUUUAAUACCAGCUAUAGAACUUAUCUAUAAGUUGAAAUUCAAGCCUAGAAAUGGUACUGGUGUGAUCAUUCUAUCACCAACAAGAGAAUUGGCGAUGCAGACAUUUGGAGUGUUAAUGGAAUUGAUGAAGUAUCAUCAUCAUACUUAUGGUUUGGUGAUGGGAGGUGCUAAUAGAAGUACAGAAGCCCAAAAACUGUCUAAAGGUAUCAACAUAUUAGUAGCAACACCUGGCCGAUUAUUGGAUCAUUUGCAGAACACACCAGACUUUUUGUACAAAAACCUGCAAUGCCUUGUGAUUGAUGAAGCUGACAGGAUACUGGAGAUUGGUUUCGAAGAAGAAGUUAAACAGAUCAUUAGACUGUUGCCAAAACGUCGCCAAACAAUGUUGUUUAGCGCUACGCAAACUAAAAAAACAGAAUCUUUAACAGCAUUAGCAGUGAAACAAGAACCAGUUUACGUUGGAGUUGAUGACCACAAAGAACAAGCCACUGUUGAAUCUUUAGAACAAGGGUACAUAGUAUGCCCGUCAGAUAAACGCAUGAUGGUUCUAUUUACAUUCUUAAAGAAGAACAGAAAGAAGAAAGUAAUGGUGUUCUUUUCUACAUGUAUGUCUGUGAAAUAUCAUCAUGAGCUCUUCAACUAUAUUGAUUUGCCUGUCUUGUCUAUACAUGGAAAACAACAGCAAACAAAACGUACGACGACUUUCUUCCAAUUCUGUAAUGCUGAGUCCGGAAUACUGCUAUGUACAGACGUGGCUGCUAGAGGAUUAGAUAUACCCGCCGUCGACUGGAUUGUGCAGUAUGAUCCUCCAGAUGACCCUAAGGAAUACAUUCAUCGUGUAGGUAGAACGGCGCGAGGACUUGGAACGAGCGGUCAUGCAUUGUUGUUCCUCCGCCCCGAAGAGCUUGGCUUCCUCCGGUACUUGAAGCAGUCAAGAGUCACACUCAACGAGUUUGAGUUUUCUUGGAGUAAGGUCGCCGAUAUUCAAUUGCAGCUGGAAAAACUAAUAUCUAAAAACUAUUUCCUGAACCAGUCCGCUAAGGAAGCAUUCAAGAGCUAUCUGAGAGCAUACGAUUCUCAUCACUUGAAGACUAUAUUCGACAUUGACACUAUCGAUUUGGCAAAGGUCUCCAAAUCCUUCGGUUUUACAGUGCCACCUGCAGUUGAGCUGAAGGUGGCCAACAAAGGACCUCCUCAAAAGAGGAAAGGAGGUGGUGGAUACGGAUACUUCAAGUCUUUGAAUGCCCCAUCAAACUUCAAACAAAAAGCGGACAAAACUAAAAUAUACAGGCAAAAAGGAAAUAAUAGAAAAAACGUAGGAUAA